UCAACCUAAUCCUACUAGUGACGGACAAAGAAGAGUGCAAAUUGGUUAUCUUCAACAUGUCAAUGGACACAACUCUUGAUAUUGACCUUAACAUCAAUCCCAAGCAAAACUCGAGCAAAACUCCACAUGUGGAGUUUGAAAAGGAUUCUGUGGGUGAAAGCAAGUCAACAAUGAAAGACGAGCCUGUUCAUUUUUUGAUCCAGCAGUUAAAUAGAUUGAAAUUUGAGAAUAAGAAGCUGAUAGAAUUGCUCAAUAUUAUCCAAGGAAAUUACUAUGAUUUGAUGCAAAAGUGCUCAGGAGAUGAACCCUUGAAAACAGGAAAGAGAAAGGCCCACUAUGCAGAAAAUUGUGACAAUUUUGUUGGAAAAAAUGGAAUCACUUGUAGCUGCUUUGAUGACGGGUCAACUGGGACUCCAAAAGAAAUUGUGUCAAAUGUUUCAAAGGUUUAUGUGCGCAUUGACCCUUCUGAUAUGAGCCUUGUAGUAAAGGAUGGAUAUCAAUGGAGAAAAUAUGGACAAAAGGUGACUAGAGACAAUCCAUCUCCUAGAGCCUACUAUAAGUGCUCCUUUGCCCCAGCUUGCCCGGUCAAGAAGAAGGUGCAAAAAAGUGUGGAUGAUCCAUCACUUUUACUAGCCACUUACGAAGGCAAACACAACCACAAGAGUCCUUCUGAAGAUGAAAUUUCAAUAGAAUUAUCAAAGGGUGUAACUGAAAUUUCAUCCUCCAGCUCUAUCUCUAUAUCAAUGGUUGAACAAAUGGCUUCAACUUUAACGAGAAAUCCCAGUUUCAUAGCAGCACUAGCAGCAGCUAUUACAGGGAGGAUUUUAGAUCAUGAAAUGGAAAAAAAUUGAUGCAAGAAAGGAUUUCAGUCUUUAUUGUCAUCUGGGUUCAUUUUGGAAUUUGAAGUGUAGCCAAAAAUUGUUGAAUUUGUAAUUUUGGUUAUUUACAAUGGACACGAUGUUUGUACUAAGAAUUUUGCUAUUUGUACAUUAAUUUUUAACACUUUAGUUGAUACU